AUGGUUCUCGCACCCCACCCCAACCCGGACGCCCCGGUACUAUCGCACUUCAAACUCGACGGCAAAACCGCGCUAGUAACCGGCGGCUGUCGAGGCAUCGGAUUAGAAGUAGCGCGAGGUCUCUGCGAAGCCGGCGCCAAAGUGGCCAUAACAUACUCCAGCACACCACCCCAAGAAGCCAACGAAAUCGCAGCCUCAAUAUCAGCCGCCAACGGCGGUCGUCUAGUCAAAGCCUACAAAUGCAACGUGCGUUCCCAAGCCGACGUAGAAUCCGUCGUCAACGCCGUGGUCGCAGAAGUCGGGGAUGGAAGAUUAGAUAUUCUUGUCGCGAAUGCGGGAAUCGCGGAGAAUAUCCCUGCGUUGGAGUACCCGGAGGACAAUUUUAGGAGUAUGUUUGAUGUUAAUGUGAACGGUGCGUUUUGGACGGCGCAGGCUGCGGCGAGGGUUUUUGAGAGGCAGUAUAAAGCUGCGGAGGGCGAACCCCAUCGUGCUUCGAUUAUUUUCACGGCUUCGGUUUCGGCGACCUUGGUUAAUAUUCCGCAAAAGCAGGCUGCUUACAACGCUAGUAAAGCUGCGCUGGUUCAUCUUGGGAAGUCUUUGGCGGUGGAGUGGGUGGACUUUGCUAGGGUUAACAAUGUUUCGCCGGGGUUUAUCAUAACGGAGAUGCUGGACGUACAUCCAUACGAAUGGAGGAGUCAAUGGAACGAGAUGGUCCCCGGUCGCAGGUUUUGCUAUCCGUCGGAGUUAAAGGGAGCGUAUGUUUUCCUAGCUAGCGAUGCUAGUAGCUACAUGACUGGCGCGGACUUAAUUAUUGAUGGAGGUUAUACCCUACCCUAA